AUUUUCUAUGAGUUUCGUUAAUCAUGUUUCUUAUUAUUUUAAACUAAUGAUAUAUUUUUAUAAAUUUUUCUUAUGAAGUAAAACGCACGCCCCCUUUUAAAACACUGAUUAAAAGUACAAAAAGCAUAGCAGUAAGUCCUACUUAAAAAUAGCUCAAGCUUCAACUAAGCUGACCGGAGACGAUGAGUAAUCGGCCGUUAAACUCUCUCCGGCCAACCGAAACCCUAGAACUCGAAAGCGGACUUUCUCUAGUUCCACGAGUUAAGCUUCUCUUAACAGUCUACCGUGCUGACAAGUCCGUUAAUCCGUUCGACGAAUGGAAGUUCAAGCGAUCACUGAUCGAUUACAUAAAAUCUUCAUUCUUCAUCACUGUUCCUGAAGAGGACCUACAAAUCCGGAAAUUCAAAGAUCUCAACAAGCGCAAGCGCGAGGAGCCGGUGGCGCGCGGUCGCCUUUUUGUUCACGACUUAGGGUUUCUGUCGAAGGUGAUUGGGGAAACUGAGGAUGAUGUGGAGAGAGCUGAUAAGAAGUUUUUAGAAUGGAGGAGAGGGUUUGUGGAAAAAUUGGAUGGGAUUGAGUUGAAUUUGGAAGGUACGAAGUUUAAGUUGAAUGUAGCUGUGCCGGUGUCUGAUGAUUUUGAAGGAAUGAAGAAGGAAUGGGAAGAAAUUAUUGCUUUUGGUGCUCGUGGAUAUCAGAGGAGUGCAAAGAUGCAGCCAGAUACAAUCGUGUUGAAAGGUAUGCCAUCACGAUGGUUCGCAGAGAUAAGGGUCUCAUCUAAGCCCUCUAUGCUGGUUACUCACACAAUUGUUUCUGCGCUUGGAAAGAUAAGGAAUCUUCAUGUAGCCGAGGACAAUAGUAUAGGUGAUGAUGCAGAUGAAGAAGACAUAGUUUCUGGUCUUCAUUGUAAGAUUGUAGUGCGGUUUGAGAAGCACAAGGACUUCUAUGACGCCUUGAAGAUUUUGUGUGGCCGCUCAUUGCAAAAGCAAGGAUCACGACUCAGAGCUGAUUACGACGUGACUUGGGAUAAAGAUGGAUUCUUCCUAGAUGCUAGACAUCAAAUAGAAGAAAGAAAGAGAAUGCCAGCAAGAGGAAUGGAAGAAAGAGAUGGAGGUCAUAGGCAACACUCGCGAGUCUCUCAAUUUAGUUCUGAGGAAGGACGAAAGAGAUUCAAGGUGUAAAGGACACACUUUUAG